AUGGCAACCUCCCUACCGCCCCUAGCCCCCUUCCCCACGCCAUCAUGGCGCGCAAAACUCACAACCCAAGAAUGGGAAGCCCUCCUCGAAGCCUGGACAACCCUCACACAAGCCUACCUCGCCCUCCCAGAUAAAGAUCUCUCCCGCGCCGCCGCAAAAGAAGACGCCUCCAUCCCAGCGUUCCUCGCCUCCUUCACAACACAAGUCGCCGAAGCAGGACCCUCACCCCUCCUAGGAUCUUCUUCUUCCACAACAUCAAAGGCCCUGCUGAGGUCGGCAUUCACGCUCACAUCCCGCCUCCUCACAAACCCGACAACACCACCGCCAACACCCCUAACAACGGCCCCCUUCCUCUGCGCCUUUUCAAAACUCUACCGCAAAAAUGCGCCCGCCACCCUCUCAAAGGCCUUCCACCUCCACGCCAGCGCCCUCGAGCACCCCCUAGCAGGUCUGAAAAAGUCCCUCGCGCAAUCAAUGGAAGCAGGUCUCAAAGCAGACCUCAAAUCCCUCGAGGCUCGCCUCGCGAACCUGAACCAUCUACUCCACGCCUCCCCUCACGCAGCAGCCUUCUUCCUCGCCGGCUCAGACUUCUUCGACGGCCUGGUCACGGCCUUCAAGAUUACGAACCCGCCGCUGCGCAAGGUCCUCGUCGCGACGAUGUACCUCUGCCUCAUAGGCCUGACAGAGGGCGAGCAGCCUCGCUUCGGGAUGCUGGCUGACGUGCUGUUCUCCCUAAAGUCCGCUGCUGAGACGCAUAGGGUUGGCCCGUUGAAUGUGAACGACUCCCUUGUGGCAGAGCUGGUCACCGUCACGCCGGUGCUGAAACAGCUGUCCAAGAGGGCCGAGGAGAAGGGCGCGGCAUCGACGGCGUUGAAGUCGCGCAUUUCGGCGCUGGAGGGAUUCAAGAAGCCUGGCGGCGGAAUGAUGCGGCCAAAGAGGCUCGUCAAGCGAAAGGUUGACAAAGGCAAAGGGAAAGAUGUCGCGGAAGAGGGACAGGUUCAGGCGGAAUUGCACAUCCACCGGCAGAGUCAGAUUUCACUCAUUCAAGAUUUGUUUCCUGAUCUAGGGUCAGGGUUUAUCUCGAAGCUGUUUGACGAAUACGGCGACAAUACGGAAAUUGUCACGGCUCAUUUACUAGAGGACUCGUUGCCUCCGCACCUCGCGGCGAUGGACCGCUCUGCUCCGUUGUAUGUAUUCUCUGUUUCUUUACUUGACUAUGGUGAGGCUAACGAUAUCACCAGAUCCCCCACGUUGGAAAGAAGGAAAAGCCAGCUUGAACCCAGGCCAACGCCACCGCAAUUACCUGAACGCCACAAUGUGUUUGACGACGAUGAACUCGACAGACUGGAGCUGGACGUUUCCAAGCUCCACUUUGGAAAGAAGGGACCCGAAAAGACAGCCGACGACGUGCUCAAGGACAGAUCGACUGCACCGAACAAGGCGGCCAUCUUAUCAGCACUCGCCGCAUUCGACUCGGACGACGACGAACGUGACGACACCUACGACGCAGACGAUGUUGGAGGCACGGUCGACAACGCCAAUGAAGAGGCCGACGGCCAGAAAGAUGCUAGCGAAGAAACACUGUACGAGGCCUUCCAAGCCGACCCCAGUGUAUUUGAUAGGCAGGCUACGACAAGGAGAGGCCAGGCGAGAGGAAAGCUGAGGGAAGAGACGGGCAUGACGGAUGAGGCCAUUGAGGGCUGGGCAGUGAUGUUGGUGAGGAACCCAGGUCAGAAGCGACGGCUUGAAGCCAAGUACAGCGGCGCUGCCGCGUUCACUGGUACCCAGACCGAGAUUCUGUCAACGGCAUGGCGAGCUAAUCCGGCUGGCUCUGGCGCCGAGGAUUCUGAGAAUGGUGGUGGCAGCUCCUCACGGGGUGGUGGAGGCGGCCGUGGACGAGGUCGUGGACGCGGUGGAAGAGGGGGCGGAGGCCGUGGAGGCGGUAAUGUGGCCGGUCCCACUGGUGAAAAGGAGACUGAGGCCGCGCGGAGGAGAAAGGAAGCAAGCAAAAGCUCCCGCGCGAAUCACAACCGCCGCGAUCAAAGAGCCAAGAAGAUGGCGAGAGGUGGUUUCCCCGGCUAG